AGUUUGCCCACCCCUAGGGCCUGCCUUGUGCAGCCGCAGUAGCCAGCUUGAGGAGGCGUCAACCAUCCACAGCCUCGCGCAGACACAGGACCACGCGGAGGGGUGUCUAAUGGCCACAGCCUCACGCAGGCGCAGUAGCAUGCCCAGGGGGUGGCUAACGGGCCACAGCCUUUGCAGGCGCAGUACCGUCCGGAGUGGGUGGCCAACGGCCCACAGCCUCGCGCAGGCGCAGUACCGUCUCGAGGGGGUGUCUAACGGCCACGGCCUCCGCAGGCGCAGUAGCAGGCUGAGGGGGUGUCUAACGGCCACGGCCUCACGCAGGCGCAGUGGCAGGCUGAGGAGGUGUCUAACGGCCACGGCCUCCCCAGGCGCAGUAGCAGGCUGAGGGGGUGGCCAGGAUCACAAGCGCCCUUCCUUCAGGCCUCAAUCCUUGCCUGCCGCAUUCCUCCAUUCUCUCCCCUCACCUUGUGAGUGACUGGCCAUGGGCUGGGCUGUGGGCGUCUGCUGGGCCAGCCGGAGAGUGGGCGCUGCGAGAGCGCGUUUCCUGAGUGCGGGGAUGGCGCCGGGUCCCCGCCAGCCUGCUGGCGUCCCACUCGGGGGUCCUUGCUCUGUUACCCCCGUGUCUAGGAUGGCGACUGUCCAGGGUGAGCUUAUAAAGAAUUUAACUUCAAAGGAGAGCGUUCCUCGUAAUAAGAUCUCCAUCAUAGGAUCCGGGUCGGUUGGCCUGGCCUGCGCCAUCAGCAUCCUGCUGCGCGGCCUGAGUGACGAGCUCGCCCUGGUGGAUGUGGCCGAAGGCAAGCUGAGGGGCGAGAUGCUGGACCUCCAACACGGCAGUCUUUUCGUGAAAAUGCCCAAAAUCGUUUCCAGCAAAGAUUACCAAGUCACGGCCAACUCCCGCCUGGUGAUCAUCACGGCGGGUGCGCGCCAGAAAAAGGGAGAGACGCGCCUCGACCUCGUCCAGCGCAACCUGGCCAUCUUCAGGCUGAUGAUUUCUGACAUCAUGAUGCACAGUCCGAACUGCAAGGUGAUCAUCGUUUCCAACCCGGUGGAUAUCUUAACUUACGUCACCUGGAAGCUGAGCGGAAUUCCCCAGAACCGCGUGAUCGGAAGCGGCUGCAAUUUGGACACCGCCCGUUUCCGGUUCCUGAUCGGCCAGAAGCUCGGCCUCCACGCCGAAAGCUGCCACGGGUGGGUGCUGGGCGAGCACGGGGACUCGUGCGUCCCGGUGUGGAGUGGCGUCAACGUCGCGGGCGUCCCGCUGAGGGACCUGAACGCGCAGCUAGGGACCGACCAGGACCCCGAGCGCUGGAAAGAUGUCCACAAGGAGGUGGUCGCUAGCCCCUACGAGAUCAUCAAAACGAAAGGCUACACCUCCUGGGCCAUCGGCCUUUCCGUGGCUGACCUGGCGGAAAGUGUUCUGCGGGACCUUCGGAGAGUGCAUCCGGUGUCCACCAUCGUGAAGGGUCUCUACGGCAUCCGCGAGGAGGUGGCCCUCAGUGUCCCCUGUGUCCUGGGCGGGGACGGGAUCGCAGGCCUGAUCCAGGUGAAGCUGACCCCCGAGGAGGAGGCCCGCCUGAAGAAGAGCGCGGAGACGCUGUGGGAGGUCCUGCGGGCCCUGGACGUGUGAGCCCCACGGAAGCACCUGCUGAGGGUGCGCACGAAGAGACCGUCCUUACGGUGUCACUUAGAGUCCCACACGGUGCAAAAGGAAGGGGGUAGAGCGACUGAUGGCCCAGUUUGUUUAGCCCCCCAGCUCUGUUGUUUAACUUCCAGGUUUUGAGUUUUUUAACAGUUCCUAAGUGAGUGCAUCAAAGGUUUUUGUUUGUUUGUUUUUUCUAUCACUAAUACACCAAUACUUACCUUGAAUUUAUAUGUAGUUGCCAUUUGGUCCAAAAGAAUGUGGGGUGUAGGUGUUUAUUGUGUUGUAGAAAUUUAUUCUUUUCAUUAAGUACAUGUUCAUUCUUUCAUUCUGACUAGCUUAUGUACUAUUUUUAAAGUUAUAGCUUUCUCUGCAGUGAAAAAUAAACGUACAGAGGUA